UGUAAAGUAUUUAUAGAACUCCAUGCAAGUGUCAGGUCUGUGUGAGUCAUUGUUACGUAUAGCAAGCUAUACCAUAGACUGAAUUUACAAACCUACAGUUCACAAUUCCAUCUUUAUGUAAUGCAAGCCACAUUUAAUAAUUUUGGGGAAGGAACAACGUGACUAAAACAGCUUCAAGGGGGAUGUGGCCUGACAGACAACUCUGGUCAUAUUACACAUGCUACAAAUAUCCCUGGGCUGACAUUACAGCCAGGACAUCAUAAAGCAUGCGUUCUAACGGCCCAACCAGGAACACCCAGCAUUAUCUAAAGUAAUGGAUCAAGCCUUGGAUAUAGAACGAUGUGAUUUGGAGAGUAGGAUCAACAAUACUACUCACCACACUGACCAGAAUGGGAUUGACCGGCUGAUAGUUAGAAGGGGCCUGCCCUUCACCAUCACUUUGCACCUCAGAUCUGGGAGUCAGUUCGAAGCAGGCGUCAGCACCUUCAGGCUCAUAGUAGAGAUAGGGCCGUUACCUAAAGAGCAAUCAGGCACCAAGUCUACCUUCAGUCUGACUGACUCUGCAUUAAAGACAGCCUGGAGUGUGUCCACUAAUAGUCCCCCUGGGAAUGUAGUCUCUCUGUCUGUGUCCUCCCCUCCUGAUGUCCCCAUUGGACUGUACUCCUUGACCUUGGACCAGGGCCAGAAGGUCAAACUGGGGGAGUUUGUACUGCUGUUCAAUCCCUGGUGUGCCAAGGAUGCAGUAUACAUGGAGGAAGAGAGAGAUAGGCAGGAGUAUGUGUUAUCCCAGGCUGGUCUCAUCUACAAAGGCACAACAAAACGAAUCAAAGCCUCCCCAUGGACAUUUGGCCAGUUUGAGCCUGGGAUGCUGGACAUCUGUCUGAAACUCCUGGAUGAGAAUCCUAAAUACUCGUCAGAUGCCGAUGCAGACUGUUCUGGAAGGAGAAACCCAGUUUAUGUGACUAGGGUGAUCAGUGCCAUGAUCAACAGUAAUGAUGACAAAGGUGUGCUAGUGGGGAACUGGUCAGGUGACUAUGAUGAUGGCGUAAGACCCUCUCACUGGACAGACAGUGUUGCCAUACUACAUCAGUGGGCUGAUAACUGCUGCCAGAGGGUUCGCUAUGGCCAGUGUUGGGUGUUUGCUGCAGUAGCAUGCACAGUUUCUCGUGCUCUGGGUAUCCCGUGUCGAGUGGUUACUAACUUUGGAUCCGCUCAUGACACGAACAGCAACCUACUGAUUGAGUUCCUGUAUGAUGAGGAUGGGAAUGAUAUAUCUGAUGAUUCCGUAUGGAACUUCCACGUGUGGGUGGAUAAUUGGAUGGCUCGUCCUGAUCUUGAUGCAGGCUAUGAUGGCUGGCAAGCAAGUGACCCCACACCACAAGAAAAGAGUGAAGGAGUGUUCUGCUGUGGCCCUGUCCCUCUGAAAGCCAUUAAAGAGGGGGAACUAAAUCUGAAGUACGACGCCCCUUUUGUGUUUGCUGAGGUCAACGCUGACGUGGUCGAGUAUGUGAAGCUGACCAAUGGUAGGAUGGUAAAGAUGGGGGGAUCGUCCAUAGAUGUGGGGCACUUUAUUAGCACCAAGGCUGUGGGCAGUGACGAGAGGCACGACAUCACACACCUAUACAAGCACCCUGAAGGUUCUUUGCAGGAGAGAGAGGUCUUUGAGAGAGCCAAGCAUCACCAUGAGCUCCAGCAGAAAGGAGAGGAACCAGGCCUGAAGGUGAAGAUCAAGGUGUCCCCUGACAUGGACAUUGGGGCAGAUUUUGAUGUGUUUGCAGUCGUCACAAACAACACAGAGGCUGACAAGACGUGUCGUGUUAUGUUUUAUGCCCGAAUUGUGUCCUAUGAUGGCAAACCAGGUGCCAAUUGUGGAUUUAUUGAAGACUUAACCAUGGAGGUUCCCACUGGAAAAGAGAAGCGCCUUCCCCUAAGACUGGAGUAUGUUGACUAUGGUGACACCAUAACGUCAGAUAGGCUGAUUCAAUUGGUUCUCAUUGUCAUCGAAUCAAGUCCCAGGGAAUUCCACAAGGCAAAGAGGACCAUUGUGCUGGAGAACCCAGAUAUAGCCAUUAAGCUCCUGGGAGAACCCAGAGUGAACCAGAAGCUGUCUGCACAAAUCUCACUACAGAACCCUCUACCAGAACCCCUGCAGAACUGCUUCUUCAGUGUGAUUGGAGCCAGCCUCACAGAUGGAAAACUCCUCAUACAGAAUGUUGGAACUGUGGGUCCAAAACAAGAGGCCAAGUACACAGUGGAAUUCACACCUACUAGCACCGGGUCCAGGACCCUAACGGUAGAUUUUGACAGUGACAAGCUGAGCAACAUCAAGGGAUACUUGAACAUUGAGAUAAAGGAAUGAAUCAUUUAAUGGCAAACGACACUAAUGCCAUUAUUAUUAUUAUUUUUUUAAGAAAAGAUUUGCCACAUUUCAAUUGCACUGCCUUGCAGUAUUUGAUGACAUCUGUACAUUUGCAUGCUGUAGCACUUAGAUGAGCAUUUCUAAUUAUUCAAGAAAUACAAAUAUUUGAUUUGUUUCA